AUGGGGCUUGCGCUCAAGACCCCACGUCAUCACACGCUCUGCAGGCUAAGCCAGGCAGCCGCCCCAAACCGGGUUAAAACCGAGAGAAGGCAUCCAGAACUUGCAGCCUCGGAGGAGCGCGCGAAGCUCGCGGCGAGGGCCCGCGGAGGGCCGGGGGCGGGGCCGGGGGCGGGACGGCGUGGUGGGCGGGGUCUGGGCGGGGGUCCGGGCCGGGGGCGGGGCAAAGGCGGGCCGGCCUCCGGCGACCGGGCUGUGCGCGCAGAGUCGCGCGGAGCGGGCGCGGGCCGGGCGGGAAGCCGGACCCUGCGCACCUGCGGCUGCGCCCUGCGCGUCCCCGGGCCAUGGCGCACGCGGAGGCGGCGGCUCCCGGGGUCCGCCGGGACGUCCAGUGAGCUGCGGGCCGGAGGGGGGACGCGGCGCGGGGCGCUGGGCACGAUGCCUGUCCUUCCGGAGGCGAGGGCGGCGGGGCGCGCGGUGGCCCUGGCCCUGGUGCUGCUGCUUCCCGCGGGUCCCGCGGGCGCCCUGCCCCGCCUGCAGCCUGGCAUGCCGCACGUGUGUGCCGAGCAGGGGCUGACCCUGGUGGGCCGAAGCCAGCCCUGCGUGCAGGCGUUCAGCCGGACUGUGCCCGUGUGGAAGCCGGGCUGCGGGCGGCAGGCGUGGUGUGUCAGCCACGAGCGGAGAACCAUCUACUACACAGGCUACAGGCAGGUGUAUGCCAUGGAGGCACAGACGGUGUUCAGGUGCUGCCCUGGGUGGAGCCAGCAGCCUGGUGACCAGGGCUGCCUCUCCCCCCGGUGCAGCGCUGGCUUCUGCUUCAACGGCGGCCACUGCGCGCCUGGCUCAGCCCAGCCGUGCCGCUGUCCCCGAGGCUUCCAGGGUGCCCGCUGCCAGUACGGUGAGUGGAUGGACGAGGGUACUCGCACCCGCUCCCUACGGCUCAUCUGA